UCCCACACUCGCCAAAUUUCGAUCAGCAAUCUGUAUUACAAUAGAACCCUAACCAGUUGAUCCAACGGAUUUGGGCAUCAUUUUAACUUUCGUUUCCGGCAAUUCGGCCUGCGUAAUUGGCUGUUGCCGACCUCUCCUUGUAGAACUCGACUUCAAAUAAGUUUUUGUAUUGGGGAUUUCGCUUGUAAACUUUCUGAGUUUCGGAUCUUGUUUACUAGACACUCUGUAUUCCAGUGUCUAACGAAUUUGAGGGGAAACGCUGUUCCCUUUUCUGUGAUUUAUCAGUUUGAGAAUCGUCUUCGAGGAUUCCCAUUUCAGCUUCUUGUUUGAUUUUAUUUGAAGAUGUCGGGUCUUGGAUGGGAUGAUAUUGGCUUAGAUCUUGGCUUAGUUUCAAUGUAAGAUGAAAGCGGUAAUGAGUUCUUGGACACAUCUAUGGAUACUCUGCUGUUUCUCAUGGAGAUUGUGUGUGCUUAAUGGAACUUGAUUGGUGUACAAUUGAGGGGUUCAGUAGUUAUUUUUCUUAUUUUUUGUUGGCUCACUGGUUUGAUUUGGGGAGAGAGACAUGUUUUGGAGGGACCGUGAGAGGGAAAACAAGGAGCAAAAUGGCUGGCCCCCUUGCGGGCAGGUCCGGGUUCUAGUUGUUGGUGAUUCAGAUUUUAUCCAAGUUUAAGCGCCUGCCAUCCUCAGUUGUGUCGGCUUUGAUUUAGCAUGCAAGUAAAGUGGUUAGAGGGGGUGGGGAAGACUUCUCUGGUUCAUCUGAUAGUAAAAGGUUCGUCUGUUGCUCGGCCCUGUCAGACAAUUGGAUGUACAGUGGAAGUGAAGCAUACUACUCAUGGAAAUUCUGGUAGCUCUUCUAGUAGCAUUAAAGGUGAUGCGGAGCGAGAUUUUUUUGUAGAACUCUGGGAUGUGUCUGGACAUGAGCGUUACAAAGAUUGUAGACCUCUUUUCUAUUCACAAAUUAAUGGUGUUAUUUUUGUCCAUGACCUUUCUCAGCGAAGGACAAAGACAAGCUUGCAGAAGUGGGCCACCGAGAUUGCUGCAAAUGGGACAUUUUCAGCUCCUCUAGCUUCUGGAGGCCCUGGUGGUCUUCCUGUCCCAUAUAUUGUUAUUGGUAACAAAGCUGAUGUUGUUGCAAAGGAGGGUACUAGAGGAAGCAGUGGCAACCUUGUUGAUGUAGCUCGUCAAUGGGUUGAGAAGCAGGGCUUGCUUUCAUCAACCGAGGAACUUCCACUAAGUGAGAGCUUUCCUGGCAGUGGAGGCCUCAUAGCGGCUGCAAAAGAAGCAAGAUUUGACAAGGAAGCUAUGAUGAAAUUUUUUCGCAUGUUGAUCAGGCGAAGAUACUUUUCGGACGAGUUACCAGCACCAAGUCCAUGGUCUCUUUCUCCCAUUCAAGGAACUGUCCAUCGUCUAGAUGAGAAUUUAAGUGAUGAUGACCCGUUUUACAAGAAUACUACUAGUUUAGGUGGCGACCCUUACAAGUACAACAUGCUUCCACCCCUUCCAGCGCAACGCAAUCUUACACCGCCUCCCACACUUUAUCCUCAGCAGCCAGCUUCAAUGCCUGAGAAUUAUAGCUAUCCGAGAUAUUCCUUGAGCAGUGCCCAAGAAUUGAGCAGCACUGUGAGGUCAAAACGCACAAAUAUCAAUGUCUGAUGAUAUCCAUGUCAGCUUUUUUUUAGUGCUGAAAGAAUUCCCCUAGCCAAGAGAGAUGUAUUUGUCAUGUUGAUUCGAUUCCUUAUGUUAGCUUGUUAAUUGAUCACUUAAUUCUUUUACACUACAUAUGGGUGUUUUGCGUUACA